UGCGUUUGAUACAUAUAUUCAAGUUCAGUGACCAUAUUGAUAUUUUUGAACCGCCAAAGAGAUGGCCAAAAUAGGGAGGGAAAGAAAUCCCAUCGCUCCCUUUCAAUCGUUCAUCCAAAAGAUGGACCUUAACCUUAUCGUCUCUUGCAGUUGCAGCUCCACUAUCUCCUCCCCAUUUUGGCCUAAAUCCACACCUCUCCAAUCUCCAUUCUUCCCCUCUAGCUCCAAUCCCUCCGCCACCAGCUCCCGGCGGCCGAAAUGGGCUCUCGUCAGAACAAAAUCGGAGCUCCAGACUCCGGUCGGAGUAAACGGUGUACCCGCCGCAGCCCCGAUUGCGGUUCCCACCCACAAAGUCACUGUUCAUGACCGGCAGCGCGGCGUCGUCCACGAGUUCGUCGUCCCAGAGGAUCAGUAUAUAUUGCACACAGCGGAAGCGCAGGACAUUACGCUUCCGUUUGCUUGCAGGCAUGGUUGUUGCACUAGCUGUGCAGUACGUGUGAAAUCUGGACAACUCAGACAGCCAGAAGCUCUAGGGAUAUCUGCAGAGCUCAAAGAUAAGGCAAUGGCAGCUCUUUUUUUUUUUGUUAAACCAAAGAGAUGGGACACAAAAGAUUUAAUUUCUUGCAUAAGAAGUAACAUGUGAUAUGCAUCUGAUGUCUGGACGUGCAGGGAUAUGCACUGCUUUGUGUGGGGUUUCCGUCCUCGGAUCUUGAAGUCGAAACACAAGAUGAAGAUGAGGUAUAUUGGCUUCAGUUCGGGAGGUAUUUUGCUCGAGGGCCAAUCGAGCGAGACGACUACGCUUUGGAGCUGGCCAUGGCUGAUGAAUAGAAGAGAGAUUGUUUGAGUUCAGGCUGCAUUGUAUAUCACAACUUAAACUCAGAAUGUUGAUCCUCCACCUGCCGAUAUUCAGUCGGUUUGGUUUUAACCGGACAAAAUGCCUCUCCAGAUAGUGAUCAAAGACCAAAUCAAUCAACAUCCUCAUUUGCUGUAGACUGGAACUUGUAUGUUGUAUGUUCGUUUCGGUUUAACUGGAAUUUCGAGCUGCAGGGGUUUAAGUUUUCGUUUUGUAUGCUGUAUGUACGUCUCACCCACAUCAUUCUGACGUUGCCCUGACAUUGGCAACUAGUCAUCUCAUUGUAAAAACCAUAUGAAGGUUAGCUAACUAAACUAAGCUUUGCAAAA